CGACCAGGGAAUUUCAGACAUGCACACUGGGCUGGGGAAUCCCGGGAACAGAGCCUGAACGGGUCGACUGGUGUCUGUAGAUUAGCAUCCAGGCUCUGAGCUGCUCUCCCGGGGACCGCCAGCCUUAGCCCAGCAUGUCCGCUGGACAGAGCAAGGGGACUGACCCACUUAUGACCAACAACUCCUGAAGGUGACACUGAGCCCCCCCGGUAACCCCUGACCACCCAGGCAGGCUGCCUGUGUUUGUUUGAGAAAUAUAGCUCCAAAGUCCAGAGCUACAGAGAGCCAGGACCAAGAGAUGGGCGACUCACCAGGGCUGGACACAAAGCCAAAGAUGUGGUGCAUUGUUCUGUUUUCCUUUUUGGUGGGAGUCUCUGCUGAGCCAACCUUGUAUGGGGAGAUCCUAUCUCCUAAUUACCCACAGGCAUACCCUAAUGAAGUCGAGAAAACUUGGGAAAUAGAAGUUCCAGAAGGAUAUGGGAUCCACCUCUACUUCACCCAUCUGGAUAUUGAGUUGUCAGAAAACUGCGAAUAUGACUCAGUGCAGAUAAUGUCAGGAGGCCGUGAAGAAGGAAAAUUCUGUGGACAGAGGAGCAGCAAAAAUCCCAACUCUCCCAUCAUGGAAGAGUUCCAGGUCCUUUCCAACCGUCUCCAGGUGAUCUUCAGGUCGGACUUCUCCAAUGAAGAACGGUUUACUGGAUUUGCUGCUUAUUAUGUUGCUGUGGAUAUAAAUGAAUGUGAAGACUUUGCUGAUUUCCCUUGCAGCCACUUCUGCAACAACUUCAUUGGGGGUUACUUCUGCUCCUGCCCACCUGAAUACUUCCUUCAUGAUGAUAUGAAGAAUUGUGGAGUCAACUGCAGUGGGAAUGUCUACACUGAACAGAUGGGGGAGAUCACCAGUCCCAAUUACCCCAAUUCAUACCCAGAGAACUCAAGGUGUGACUAUCAAAUCCGCUUGGAAGAGGGGUUCCGAGUGGUAGUGACCAUGCAGAGAGAAGAUUUUGAUGUGGAACCGGUUGAUUCCGAGGGGAAACUGCCCAGGGACUAAUUGUUUAUUUCAGGAAAUCAGCAAUAUGGUCCUUACUGUGGUGAUGGAUUCCCUGGGCCACAGAAAAUCGAAACCAAAAGCAAUAUUCUUGAUGUUGUCUUCCAAACAGACCAAACAGGGCAAAAAAAGGGCUGGAAGUUUCGUUAUUAUGGAGAUCCAAUUCCCUGUCCUAAGAGAGAUACUGCCAAUUCUGUUUGGGAACCUGCAAAGGCCAAGUACGUGUUUAAAGAUGUGGUGAAGAUAACCUGUCUGGAAGGAUUCGAAAUUGUACAGGUAAAGGACUAGGAAAUGGUUGGCUUGACAUUUUUCCACUCUACUUGUCAAGGCAAUGGAAAAUGGAGUCAUUCCAAUUUGCAGUGUGAACGUGUAGACUGUGGCCCUCCUGAAUCCAUUCGAAAUGGUAAUGUCGAAGAUCCUGAGGACACUUACUUUGGUUCUGUCAUUCGCUAUGUGUGUGAAGAACCAUAUUACUACAUGCUAAGUGAAGGAAAUGGGGAAUAUCACUGUGCUGCCAACGGGAGCUGGGUGAAUGAGGUGCUGGGCACAGAGCUGCCACAAUGUGUUCCAGUGUGUGGCGUCCCCCAUAAGCCCUUUGCAGGCAGCAAACAGAGGAUUGGGGGCUCCAUGGCAGAGAUUGAAAGCUUCCCUUGGCAGGUUCUUCUUCCACCCCCCAUGAAAGCUGCGGGGGCUCUCAUUGAUGAGUACUGGGUGCUGACAGCUGCCCACGUCGUUGAGGGGAGCAGUGACCUACAAAUGUACAUUGGGACCACUUCAGUACAAUCUUCGAUGCUGAAGAAAGCCCAGGUGCUCACUGCUGAGCGUGUGAUCAUCCAUCCGGGCUGGAAAGAUGUGGAGGACAUCAGUGCACGGAAGGAUUAUGACAAUGACAUCGCGCUGGUGCGGCUGAGGGACCCCGUGAAAAUGGGACCCGCCGUCUCCCCUAUCUGCCUCCCAGGUGCCUCUUCAGAAUAUGAACCUCUGAUGGGGUCACUAGGCUUGAUCUCAGGCUGGGGCCGAACAGAGAAAGUCCAUAAUGUUGCUAAGCUCAGGGCAGCCCAGUUACCCGUAGCUCCCUUAGCCAAGUGCAAACAGGUCAAGGUGGAAAAUCCUAAAGUGGAUAUAAGCACCUACACUUUCACCGAGAACAUGUUCUGUGCUGGAGGUGAAAAAGGUGUAGAUACCUGUGAAGGGGACAGUGGUGGGGCUUUUGCUCAACAGUUUCCCAAUGAAGAGAACCCUAAGUUCUAUGUAGCCGGCCUGGUGUCUUGGGGUCCCCAGUGUGGGACCUAUGGGCUCUACACACAUGUGAAGAGGUAUCUUGAUUGGAUAAUAAAAACUAUGCAGGAAAAUAGUGAACCCAAUAUGGAUUAAUCCAUGCACCCACCACCAGCCCCCUCCCUGGGCACUGUCCUAUUAUUUUCUGUUAUUUCUGUUCCUUCUGAUAGUCUCACAUUCCACAGUGACUGAGAGAAGACAUAGGAGAAGUAUUUCAGUUGGGAUUGGGGGUGGCUGGUGGGAAAUCUAAGGAGUUGGUAUGAUCUGAUGGUGAUAUUGGGUUAGCCAAUCAGCAGGAUAUGGAUUUGUGGGGUUCUCUCCCAUGACCAUCCAUUAUGAAUUACCCUGUGUGGGCCUGCCACUAGUCUGCAAUGGGAACAGAGUUCCCCUUUCCCGAUGAGUGAGGGGAUGGUCGUCUAGUUCUGACUCUGAAUUUUAUUACUGAUCGUUUGAUUUCCUUUUACCUCCUUAAACUUCUGUCAGUCUUAGUGACUACUAUCUACCUGUAAUAAAACAUGUUUAUCAACCA